AUGUCGUCGGCGCUUCCAAGAUGGUGCACAUUGCCGACGUGUUUGUUGAACAUCGCCAAGUCUGAACGAGAAGAACAUGCUAACGGGUCUGUCUAUAGCUACUUCUCUGGCACCAGUGGCACCACCACACCCACAACCUCAGCACUCGACACGUCUUUGGGUCAGAUGUUCGAUAAGCUUCGUGAUGAUUCAAGAGAUGAGAAGGACACGAUGGGUGUUGAGUCGACCAUGGCCUAUCUUGAGAAUCUUGGCGUAGACCUCGAGAACGCCGAGAUGCUUGUGGUCGCAGAGCUUCUUCAGUCGCCAUCUAUUGGCGCGAUUACGAAAAAAGGCUACAUUGAUGGCUGGAAGACAACCGGGUCCGCGACGCGUCAAGCUCACGCCGCGCACGUCAAGUCUCUGGUCAGCACACUCGCCUCUGAUCCCGCUUACUUCAAAAGAGUUUACCGCUACACCUUUGUCGCCAGCAAGGAGGAGAACCAGAAGGCGCUAGCUCUCGACACAGCAAAGGUCUACUGGAGCGUCUUGUUCUCGCCACCAGGCUGGCAAUGGAAGACCAAGUCUCAUGACUGGCUCGAGUUGUGGUCGUCAUUCCUUGAUGAGAAGUGGACUCGUUCUGUCAACCGCGACAUGUGGAACAUGAUUCUCGAGUUCGCCACCAAGACCAUGUCGGACGAGACCUUGUCCUUCUGGAACGAGGACGGUGCCUGGCCGAGCGUCAUUGACGACUUCGUGGCUUGGUGCAGAGAAAAGGGGGUUGGAAAGGCCGAUUCCGCUCUUAUGGACGUUGACGCUUAG